AUGCCCUUCACGGUACCGCUUCGCAGCGCAGCUGACGCUACGCGCUUUACGUCCACAGUGCCGCAUGCGUCCCGGCGCGCUGCUGGGCCCGGGUCUUCGGCUACCCCGGCGGCCUCUCGGUUCCAGUCGCCGGGCAGCAAUGGCGGUGCACCGGGCGGCGCAAGGCCACCGCCUCCGUCCUUCCCCGGCGAGACGCCAGAGCAGAAAGUAGCCCGGUUGCGUGCCGCACACAUGGCGGCAAAGAACGCCCAGGUGUCGCGCUUCGACCGCAUUGUGCACUCGGCGCGGCACAUGUUUGACUCGGCGCAUAGAAUCACCAUUGUCGGCCUGAUUGGGUUUACUGCCAUUGCCGGACUCCUGACUGUCUACACCACCGUCGACAUGAUGCGCUUCAACCACAAGCGCAAGCUGGAGUUUAUCGCCGCCCAGAAGCAGAUGGAAGACGACAGCCUUGCGGCAGCGCGACUGGCGUACAUGCGAGGCGAUGCGACAGAGGAGCAGACGGCCUUGGUCGAGGAGGUGGCUGCGGCCGAGAGGGCGGCCAUCAACGCCGGCGCACCGCCACCGGCACGGUCGGGAGAUGGCUUUUUCAAGAUGCCGAGCUUGCUGGGCGCCCCAUCGCCAGUGGCCGCCGAAAGCGCGCCGACUGCCGCCGCCCCUGCAACUCCAUCCUCUUGGGCCAAGUCCAUGCUCUCCCGCGAGGAGCAGGGCGAGAUCCCGGGCUCAUCGCAGAGCCGGCUCGGCUACGAGAGCCUGUCGGAAGAGGACGACUGGCCGGGUGCGCGUGAGAGCGACGUCGUGCGCGCUGUCGAGGAACACUCGGCAUAUCUGGCUGGCAAGGCUCAGGCAGCGCUCGACCGCGAGCGGGCCAACCAGCGCAACGGUGGCCCGCUUGACCGACUCGGCCUGGAGCCCGCCGCUGCUGCAGGAAAGAAGAGCUGGUGGAAGUUUUGGUGA